ACGCCAAAGGUCCUUGCUUGAUAUUCAAAUAUUACUUCCUUGCAGACUCUGUCAUCUCACACAAACAAGGUGUCAUGGUUUUACAAUAAUCUAGUCCAAUAGAUCUAUACUUUACGACCUAUGCGAGGUGUUAAGACAUUUCCUUUCCCUGCAGACUAAGCGUCUGCUCACGCCAAAGGUCCUUGCUUGAUAUUCAAAUAUUACUUCCUUGCAGACUCUGUCAUCUCCCACAAACAAGGUGUCAUGGUUUUACAAUAAUCUAGUUCAAUAGAUCUAUACUUUACGACCUAUGCGAGGUGUUAAGACAUUUCCUUUCCCUGCAGACUAAGCGUCUGCUCACGCCAAAGGGUCUUCCUCGAUAUUUGAAUUCACCCUUUCUUAAACACACACACCUUUUUCUUGGGGAAAAAAGAUCUUUUGAUUUGUAGUGUUUGAAUGUAAUUCAAUUAAAAAGUAUAUUUAAGUAUAGCAUUGCUUAUUCUUUUGUGCUUUAGAUGUCUACACAUAUAAAAAGUCGUAUACAUAUCGUUAUAAGUAUGCGUGGGUGAAAUGUUAUGUCAUUUGUCUUAUACUGUUUAAAAUGUUAAUAUAUUAAAUGUAUGAUUUAAAAUAAAAUUAUUCUUUUAACAGUGAUAAGUAAUUAUACUUUUAACUACAGGCUUGUCUAGUUCAUUCUUUUUACCCAUCAGUUUUCAUGAAGAUAUAUUCUUUACAUUAUAUAUGUAUAACUAUCUAUAAUUUACUAGAGAAGCUUAUAUUUCUAGUUGAUAAUCUUAUUUGUAAAAGGUUUAAAAAUUAAAUAGCCAAAUAAAAUAUAGGGUGGGGUUUGUGUCAUGUAAAUAUGUGGGGUACGGCCUCCUGAGUCUGGCAAGCCCCGCCUCCGUAGUUCAAAAGGUUGGAUUCUGAUUUGGGCCCUUACAUCAGUAACUGAUUUUCGCGAGGACAUCUCUUUCUCUCAGUUAUAUUAAAGAGGCCUUGUUUUAUUUUUCUCAAACAAUGGAUUCAGGACUUGCUGGUAAGUUAUUUUAUUUGUUUUUAUAUGUUUUAUUUAUCAUGUUUGAUAUACCAAGUUAUCUUCAUUUGUAAAAACAGUCUUAUUUUGUUUUUAUUUUUAACAUUUAACAGGCUUUUAAAUGUGUAUGUAUACGAUACAGGAAUUUUUAAAACGCUACCUCCCUACCAACAUUUUGACCAGAUCGACCAGCUUUUGAAUUCUACUUUGAUAAAUAUUGAAGAGCAAAGCGACACUAGGAACAGCGAUCUGCAAGUUAAUAACCCCGCAAUAAAUGAGGUUUCUCAAGGCUUUAAUGAGGGCUGCGAACUGCAAGAUGCCGCAUUACUAGUCACACAACCAGGAUUUGUACCACAGAAAACCUCUACAAAAUCUUCAAGACUUAGUCUUAGUCGGAAACGUAAGCAGGCCCGUUCUAUUACCAGUGAUAAAAGGACAUGCCCGGACCAUACACUAGUUUCUGAUGUGCAACCUCUGGAUACUACCACAGAUUUCAUUAAAACAAUUGAUUUCUAUACAGAAAACCUGUUAGGAGCUGGAGAUGUCACAAAUUCAUGGUCUGCAGCGUUGGCAAGGUCCUCAGAAGCUAACGGUGAUGCAAUAGUACCGGUAGUUACUACCGUACUGCCAUCGUCUUUGGACUCGCAGACAUCUGUGACUGUUAAUCUGCCAAAUGUGGUUGGUGCCGGUGUUGAGGAUGGAUCUUCUGUGAUUUUUGAAACAUCUCUACCUACAAACCAGGAACAUUUCAUCAAUGAGUUGUUGCAGGAAUUGACAGCUCGAGUGAGAAGACUGACUGAAGGCGUCGCAGCCAUAAUUUCGUGGUCUAAAGAUCAAGAGUUAUUGACCAGACUUAUAUUUGAAGCUCACAAAAAGACUUCUGAAGAACAAAACUUGGUGAACAGAGUGCUGCUUGAUCGCUUGAUGGACGUUGAAAAAGCCCAGAGAAAGGAGUUCGACGUACAGCGAAGCACGGUAAUACUGAUUCAACAAGUUAAAGAUGCUGUUUCACACAAUAAUGGUUUAUAGUUGAAAUAAGUGUUGUUGUUGCUGGGUUUUUAUUCUACUAUUUUGCAAAGUUGUUUUAAAUGUGUUUUUUAAAUAUGUUUUGAUUAUUUUUGGUGUUGCUGGGUUUUUAUUCUACUAUUUUGCGAAGCUGUUUUAAAUGUGUUUUUAAAUUUUUAGCGAAGCUGUUUUAAAUGUGUUUUUAAAUAUGUAUUUGGUUAUUUUUGGUGAUGCUGGUUUAUAGUUGAAAUACUUGUUGUUACAGAGGUUUUCUACUAUUUUGUGAUACCGGUUUA